UUUUGUAUCAUAUUCUUGCGAUUUAUAUAAACAUCAAUUAUCUAUAAAUUGAGAACAGGAACUGAUCAUGAGCGCUUUGUCAUUCAUAAAGUCGACCAAGGGCAAAGUGAUACUAGCGACCGUCGUUGCUCUGCACAUUACAAUUUACGUGGCAAAACCUUCGUUUUUCAAGAGCGAAUCCGAAAAAAAAACAAUAGCCGAACCGCCCAAGUACUUGCCGGGACAGUGAGUGGCCUUGGGGCUCCAACACAAAGCCUAAACGCGGAAAUUUAUCCGUAACAAAUAGUCAAUGUUUUGUAACAGAUUGUCUGUAGUGAGUAGUCUAGUUCGGCACAGCGUCGUGAUAACUACGAGAAACAUGAGCACUGGCAGGCCCCUCGUAUAUGUGACGCGGGCGGAUAUGCCGCAAGGCGGGUUGGAUCUGCUAAGAAAAGAGUGUGAUGUAAGAAUUUGGGAGAAGCCUUCACAAGUCCCCCGCAAUGAGCUCUUAAAAGGUGUUGUCGGUGCAAGCGGCAUCUUCUGCGCCCUCACCGAGAAGAUUGACAAGGAGCUGCUAGAUGCAGCGGGGCCUCAGCUGAAGGUGGUGGCCACUAUAUCGGUGGGGCAUGACCACAUAAAUCUGGCUGAAUGCCGGAAAAGGAGCAUCAGGAUUGGGUAUACUCCGGAUGUGCUCACUGAUGCCACAGCAGAAUUAACUCUUGCACUAUUGUUGGCAACGUCACGCCGCAUCCCCGAAGCCAUCCACGAGGCCCGCACCGGCGGCUGGGCGGCCUCGGGCGCGUGGGCCCCCGUGUGGCUCACGGGCCCCGGCCUCGCCAACGCCACGGUUGGCAUCGUGGGCUUCGGCCGCAUCGGCCAGGCCGUCGCCCGCCGCGUCAAGGCCUUCGGCACCGCACAGAUACUCUACACCAGCCGCGCUGACAACCCUCAAGCGAAAGAAACCGGCGCUCUAAGAGCAGAUUUCGACGACAUAUUAAAGAAAAGCGACUUUGUUAUAUGCUGUACAGCUUUAGUCCCCGAAACUAAGGAAAUGUUUAACAAGUCUGCUUUUGAGAAGAUGAAACGGACUGCUGUUUUUGUAAACACAAGCCGAGGUGGUACUGUAGACCAGAAUGCAUUGAUUGAAGCAUUGCAGAACAACACUAUCUGGGGAGCGGGGCUAGAUGUGACUACACCAGAACCUCUCCCAUUAGACAGUCCGUUGUUCAAACUGAAGAACUGUGUAGUGUUACCGCACAUCGGCAGUGCUACUGUUGAGACGAGGAAUGUAAUGAGUGAGUUGACCGCGAGGAACAUACUAGCAGCUUUAGCGGGUGGUGAGAUGCCUGCUGAAAUAAAGUAAUACUUGUAAAUUAUUCAUUGAUUAUAGUACAGUUU